AUGAAACAAAUAAUCGUUCUAUCGCUUAAAUCGACCAACAUUUACGUUUACAUGCAUAAGCUCAUCAAAAUCAUACGAGAAAAAACUGCAAAACUUGCACACAACAUUAAAAAUGACCGAUCGAUAAAGGAACUGAAAUUUUAUGAAAUAAUACACGGCAUGCUCGUUGAUAACAUAAAAAAAACAAAGAGAGAAAUAUUCUAUGCCUCACCUAACAUUUUCAAAAGACAAGAAACCGUUAACAAGAUGAUCGACAGAUUUGCACAUUUGCACAAAAUACGGCUGAUAGAUUUUAACGUUGCUGCAAGUCUAAAGGGCCUUUUUUACGGCGAAAUCACAUUCAUAGAACAUGGCAAGACGUACACUCUUCACCAGAAUUUGAUACCCGACAUGAACGAGAUCGUAGAGAUUAGGUGCAGGUUUUCUUCGGUUCUGGUUGUUGAGAAGGACUGUAUGAUGACGUUCAUCAAAGAGGUAUUUCUCAGGAACAACAAAACAAUUAAUUUUCUUCUUGUUACAGGCAAGGGAUAUCCGGAUCAUAACACGUUAGCAUUUCUCCAAAGACUUGAGCACAUGAACUGCCAGAUUUACGGUUUAUUUGACUUGGAUCCUUUUGGAUUGAACAUUUUUAGGAACUACAAGUCGAAAAUAUGCGGUAUGCUACGUGUAGGAAUCACCUCUAGAGAUGUCUUUGAGUACAAAAUCAUAAAAAAUGAGUUGAUAGCGCUAACGCAACGGGACUGUAAGUUGUUAACGGGUCUGAAGAACAACAUUGUGGAUAACGAGUUCUCGGAGGAUAUCUCAUUUCUUGAAGGACUCGGAAAAAAGAUGGAGAUCGAAAUAUUUACGUCGUACCACACAACCUUUAUUGUACAAUAUUUAGAAAAGAAGCUGAUGAUUAGCUCGUAUGCCGAACACCCCGUUUGUCGAUCAAACGGGCCACGUAAAUAA